AUGCAUUGCUCAUCAAGUCUUUCAAGAGCCACCUUGCUCCUUUCUUGCAUCGUACCAUCUCUCGCGUCACAAUGCACGCCCUCAACCCCUGAAAAGCCCCGCGUAUUCCUCUUGAGCGACAUCGCCAACGAGCCCGAUGAUGCGCAGUCGCUCGUGCGACUUCUAGUCUAUGCUAAUGAUCUUCAGAUUGAAGGUCUAGUGGCGACGACGAGUGUUUGGCUGAAUGACACCACCCGUCCAGACCAGAUGCACGAUAUUGUUGACGCAUACGGCGAAGCACUGCUAAACCUAAAGAAACAUGCUCCCGGCUGGCCUGAAGCAUCCUAUCUCAAAGGCCUAAUUGCCACCGGCUUGCCGGUCUACGGCAUGGACGGCGUCGGCGAAGAAAAGGACAGCGAGGGUUCCGACAAGCUUGUAAAAGCAGUCGACGCCUCGGACGAGCCGCUCUGGGUCCCGGUAUGGGGAGGGGCGUCCGUCCUGGCGCAGGCGUUGUGGCACGUCAACGCGACGCGAUCGUCCUCCGAGAUCGAAACUUUCGUCUCCAAGCUCCGCGUUUAUGCGAUUUCUGAUCAGGACAAUACCGGCUCGUGGAUCCGUCGAAACUGGCCGCAACUCUUUUACAUUGCCAGUGUCCAUCACUUCAACCGCUACGCCGUUGCCGCGUGGGGCGGCAUCUCGGGUGAGGAGUACUACAACUUUCCGAGCUUCUCAAACCAGGAGGUCAUAUCGCCAGAUUGGAUCAGGCAGAAUAUCCAGAGUGUCGGGCCAUUGGGGGCGAAGUAUCCUGACGCUGACUUCAUUGUCGAGGGCGAUACACCUUCGCUUCUCUACCUGAUCCCCAACGGGCUCUCCGACCCCGAAUAUCCGGAAUGGGGAUCUUGGGGCGGCCGAUAUGGACCCGUCACCUACGGUGAGGGUCAUUACGCGGAUACGGUGGACGUCCUGAAAGGGAUUUCGGGAAGGACGAUCAUGAGUUCGCAGGCGACCGUGUGGAGAUGGAGGGAGGCGUUCCAGAACGACUUUGCUGCCCGUAUCAAGUGGUCCGCCAGUCCUGAAUUCGGUGAUGCUCACCAUGCCCCUGUCGUGGUGCUGAAUGGAGACACGUCUCGCAAGAUUGUGAAAAUGGUCGUCAAGGAGGAGGACGUCAUCGGGCUCGAUGCGCGAGAGUCUUGCGACCCGGACGGAGGAGAGUUGACGUACAAGUGGUGGCAGUACUUGGAGCCAUCAUCAAACAACAAUAAUCCAGGACGAGACGUCGGCAGACUGGAGCUGAGUGAUACCGACGCUCCCAUUAUCACAGUCACAAUGCCUUCAGAGGAGGCUCUCCGUGCCCCAGGCAGAAAUCGUCACCCGAAUGACGACAAGCAUAUGCAUCUCAUCCUUGAGGUCUCUGAUGGUACACUGGUUUCCUAUCGCCGGGUCAUUUUCACCAUACUCGGACCUAUGAGUAAGACAGGGGAUGAAAAGUCUUCAGCCGGAAAGGCGGCUGAGCAAGCCGUUCAUGAUGAGCUGUGA